AUGGAAGGAGCCGAGGACCCCCCUCUUCCUGCAGCGAGGGCCCAGAGGAUAGAAGCCAUUCAGACAGUAUUCAGGACACCUCCACCGGGCCAGCUUGAUGCUGCUCAAGUACGUCGAGCAUGUACCUCAGCCAACACCAAGAAAGCCUAUCAAAGCUACAUGAACGGCGUCUCUAAGUGGGUGAAAGCGACACAAGAUUCUGCUGAUCGGUUCUUUAAUCAAGAUGGAAGUCUUAAUCUGACUACUUUUACGCCUGAGCAUUUCGAGAACUUUCUGAUGUACAUGAUGAACGGAGGAAAGCACAAUGUCUCGACGCUAAGCGGAUACAGGAGUGCUUUGAAAGAUGCAUAUCGACAGCAGCGAAUGGAAGUUCCACGUGAUUAUAUGGGCUAG